AUGAAGACAGAUUUCAAGGUGGUGAACCCGUGUUCCGAUUUCAGACUGCUGCUGGACGGAGUUCCAGUAAAGGAUCGUGGUGAAAUCUGGAUGAUUUGCUCGGGUGCAGCUGCCGAAAUGUCGUUGAAUAACGGUUAUUAUUUGGAUUUGUUGGGCAAGAGUCGAGGGAAGUACAUUUUAGCGUUAGAAGAAAUUGAACGCGAUUUGCAUCGUUCACUACCGGAACAUCCAGCGUUUCAACAAGGACCAGGGAUAGACGCACUGCGAAGGAUUUUGACUGCUUAUGCCUUCAGAAAUCCGAAUAUUGGUAUGUCUUGGAUGUCACAAGUAUUAUUUUAG